AUGUCACAAAAACUCAUCCCCGCGAACCCCGCGGACGUCAUGGUCAUCCGCGACCUCACCCCCAACGUAACCACCUUCUCCGUCCCCUUCGCCCGCUUCGGCGUCCUCAAGAUCGGCGGCCGCGCCACCCUCGUCCGCCUCUCCUCCGGCGCCCUCGCCGUCUUCAGCCCCGUCGCCCUCACCGACGCCGUCAAGGCCAAGAUCGCCGAGAAGGGCGGCAACCUCGCCUACAUCAUCGCCCCCGACAUGGAGCACCACAUCUUCCUGUCCGAGUACAAGCGCGAAUACCCCGCCGCCAAGAUCAUCGGCCCCGACGGCCUGCCGCAGAAGCGCGCCAAGCAGACGGGCGACCCCAAGGUCAACCCGGCCGACGAGUUCUUCGUCACCUUCAAGGACGGCCCGGGAAAGCGCGAGACGGCCAUCACGCCCGAGUUCGACGCCGACUUCGCGUACGAGUACGUCGACGCCCACGCCAACAAGGAGCUCGUCUUCUUCUUCAGGCCCGAGCGCAUCUUGAUUCAGGCCGAUCUCAUGUUCAACCUGCCCCCGCGCGAGCAGUACUCCAAGGCGCCCGAGGGCGAGCGGGAUACGUCGGCGGGCGUUCCGAACAAGCUGUUUGGCGGGCUGCAGACGACCGAGGGCGAUGUGAAGUGGGUGAAGCGGUUCCAGUGGUACGUCAUGAGCGGGCGCGACAGGCCGAGCUUCAACGAGAGCAUCCAGACGAUCGACAAGUGGGACUUUGACACGAUUAUCCCCUGCCACGGUGAUACCAUCCAGGGCGAUGGUAAGGAGAGGUUUAGGAAGGUGUUUGAGUGGCAUUUGGCCGGGCAGAAGCAGUGA